UCUUUCCUCGUUUAUUUUUUUCUUCGCAAGAGACUGCACAUGCUGGAGAUCAGCGGCAGCAGCCGCGGCCGCAGCAGCAGCUGUAGGCAUAGCGCGAGCUAUAACGGAGUUGCACGCCCGUGGUCAUUUGUGCCGCAUCUCGAGGGAAACCUGCGGAGACGACGUCACUUGAUCCUAAGACACGAUCCGAGUGAGACGUCCUCAAGCAGUUAGUUUGUCUCGCGCCAGCAGAGCAGCAGAAAAGGCGUCCGCCCCGCAUCCGACAGACUGAGUCCCGGGUUGCCAGCUCACACGCGGAUUGAAGAAACAGGCCCGAAAAUAUGACUGCCCGACCUCCUGCCUGGCGAAUGCAUAGGACGAUUCUACGAAGAACAGCAUCGGAAGACACUCUGUGAUGACUACGCCGGUCACGUAGUGUUUACCAGAGAACAGAGCAAGAACCACAGCGAAUCCCAUCGGCGUGUGGGUCGACCUCGUAGACGAUGCCAAAGCGUGGCUGCCGGUCUGAACCAUGUUUAUCGUGGGUGCCUGUGUGUGGUUCGAGAGCAGUGUAACCCGGAUCGCAAUAUUACGGGUGUGACAAAGAAAUACACGUAGGACCUAUCGCAUUGAUGGCUGAGUGGUGAGCUGUACGAUGGAAGAGAAACUAAGAAAUUCCCGACUCCAGGACAAAGAACCAAUCAGGGAAGUCAGUCGGAUGUUAAAGCGCGCAAAUCCUAUCGUGGAUCGUUUCUUGCAUCCCGUCUAGACUAUGCACGUCUACGUGGUCCAGGACAGCGGACACAAGGAAUGAAAGAGUGAUAUUAAGAUUGUGUUAACGACGGGGUGUAUGUUUUUUUCACCGCCGGAAAGUAUCUAAUUGUUGGUAUAUUUCAGAGCCGACCGACAGCAAGGGCAGUAUGCAAGGUGUAUUAUGAUAAUUUUUGCGUGUUGCCUUCUAAUCACGUUAAUGUCCGAAAACUUGAGACCUCAACAGAGCUAAGGAUGGUCUUAUGGCUGAGAUCGGGUGGAACGUAGAAACAAAGCAAAAUAUGAAAAACAGUCGCUCGAGUGAUAUGAAAGUCGCUUAAGAGGUAAAUCAAGAUUUCGCGUUAUUGUGGUGCUGAGACUCUCGCGUAUAUGAGUUGCUACGGCUAUUGCCAACUGAAAUGACGCUUCUACUAUGAUUCCGCAGAAGACAUCUGCCGCAAGGUGUAAGCUUUGAAAACUGCACGCCCCCAUGGAGUGAUAUUUAUUACGACGUGAACUGAGGUGCGGACCGUGUACUGCGGAGACGUCCUGCCCAACGGGCAACUUCCUCUGUGGACUAAAUUAUUUGCAAGUUUACGCCAGCCACUACACUGCGACAGAAGCCACGACAGUGUUGCUAAUGUGAUCACGGGGUGUUCGUGCAAAUAAGCUCGCGGUGAGCAUUUUCGUUCGUGCGCAGCAUACUGGCGAUCCCUUAUUGAAAUUAUUGAUAGUGCACAAGACCUGAACGCGAUGCGGCUUCGAGUACACUUGCGUGACCAUCUCUGAGAUGUGAAGUGAACUUUUUGUUGAAACAUGAGCGGAGAGUCACCGAGCUGUGAGCGAUUGACGUUCACGUGCUUGUGUAUUUGCGGAUGUCUUUUCGUCUUCACGACCGUGUUUGUGCAGCUCCCAAGAUUUCGUACCUCCAUCCGAUGGGUCUACGAUUCUCGAACUAGAGGAAGUCAGCCACUGGUCUCUGACAAUACACUUAAGGAGUACAGAACUGUUAAAUCCACAAGCACACAAGGGCCAAGUCAUGAAGUUCAAGAUCUCACGGAACGUGUGCGCAGAUUCUGUCAACGUUAUACCGAACAGCAGAACAAGAGGCUAGAGAAAAUGAACGAGACGACAGCGGGCGCGUUGAAGUUCAUUUACAAAACCUACAAGCACCUGCUCUACGCGGUAAAUCCGAGCAACAACCGCAGCGUGCUGUACUGCUCGAUUCCCAAGGUUGCCAACACGAGCCUAAAGACUCUCCUGUUAAGCCUGAACGAGAGCCAUAGGGGCAAAUACACCGAUUCAACCAUGCAUUACUACGUCUACUCAGCCAUGGGCCUUCCGUUCAUGUUAUACAGGAACGAUGUCACCGUUAGCGAUCUGGCCAACGCAUUCAAGGUCAUGUUCGUCCGCCACCCUUUUGAGCGUCUCGUAUCCUUCUUCGAAGACAAGACGAGACGUACUGUGCCAACGGGAAAGUACUUCUAUUACAAGUACUGGAACAACGCCAUGGUUCGCUUCAGAGGGGUCGAGAACGUGGACACGCAGAAAGACCUCAUCACGUUCGAAGAAUUCGUCGACCUUCUUCUGAGCAUCCACCCAUCCAAGUACGACUUGCACUGGCAGCUGUACAGUGAUCGUUGCGAGCCGUGCCUCGUUCCUUACGAUUUCGUGGGUACCUUGGAAGACGUGCCAGUAAUGUACAGUGCGCUUGGAGUGACGAAUCGUUCUCAGUUGUGGGUGAACAAGGGACCCAGUGACACUAGGAAUGUAGCCCUGUCAUACUUUUCUCGACUGCCUAGGUCAAAAGUGGCGGCGCUGUACGGUAUCUACGCUGUAGACUUCAUGAUGUUUGGUUAUAGCGCGGAAGAGUACCUCAGCACGGUCACCGGCCCAACGGAUGCAUUCUAACAAGAUAAAUAAGCACGUGGUUUAACGCAACGAUCUCGCAGUGGCCAGUCUGUUGUGUGGACAAUGUGUUGUGUCCGCAUGGCAGAGUUGCAUGGCAUUUUUCUACCUGGUCAGUAAAUCAACGGUACGAAUGACAACGCAGCUUCAUUAUAGUCAAAGGAUGAAGAACGCACAUAUAACACACCCUAUGUUUGCGCCCUAGAGUAUUCGAAGAUCGCGCUAUAUGUGUGCUGAAGCGAUGAACAAUAUGUUCGCUUUCAAUUUUAUUGCCCAGGGUAGACAAUGAAGAGGGAUACCUCAACACGUCCAAUUCAUGCGUCCGCUGCCCAGUGCCUUGCUACAAGAUUACGGCAUGGUUUGUUUGUAGAAGCUUAUGCAAUACCAUCAUUCUGUCGUUUUCAUCCCCAUGAAUCGCAUUAAAGGCGCUAUGUUAUCAACUACUUUGCACUACGAUGAGAAGCAACACGGCCAACCUUAAACGCAAGCGCUUCGGUUCUGAAAGGAAGAUGCUUCUGGACAGCACGAGAAGAAAAUGGUUUCUUCAUUAACGUGCAGAACAGUUAGUUUUCGUGAAAGGACCGCGGACAGCGCGCAAUAGAAUAUCGCGCAAUCUACUCACAUUUCUGCGAUAAACUCGACCGAUGAACUCAUGGUGGCCUAUGGUGACUGGUGACUGGCGUUGUUAAGUGAAUAGAGUAGAUACAACACACUUCUGCUAACUCCUUUAGCUUUUCCCCACCGGGUUAUGCGCAGCAUGUCACCUAAGGAGAGCACACAUAAGUGCUGCCUAGUAAACUCAGUCAUGAACGCACGGCAUAAUUAGAGCGAUCAUGACAAUUAUAGCCAUGGAUAAAACGAACUUCGCGUGGCCUGAACCCGUUGGAGAUUAGGCCAGUUUCGUGGUUAUGUAACAGUGAAAGGGAAUGUUAUGCAUUGUUGAGAAACGCAAUUCUACACAAGCCGCGACAAUAUGCAUAUCGAUAAUGAGGGAAAGAUCUUGCGUUCGACUGGUAGAAGGAUCAUUCACAUAACUAAAGGUCUUAAAAACACAAGGUAGCUCAACAAUUAGGCUCCAGUGGCUACGUUUCUCGCACUGUGCAGGAAUUCAGUUUUUAUCAGUCUACACACCUUGUCAGCAGCCAUCUAUAUCGUACAGAAGUACAUUGUGCAUCGUAUUCUAUUUUCUUGCUAGAGUCGCUUAGCGUACCCCCUUAGAAACGGGGUCGCUAGGCAGUUAUCAUAUGCGCUGUCCUUUUGGAACUCGAACAUGACGUUGUGAAAGUACAGCAGUCUAUUCGACCAUUAAUGAGCAUAAAGAAAUGUAUAUAAAAAGAUGUCGAAUGUUAAAGGUGUUGAUCACUGUCAUUCGAAUCACAAACAUUUAGUUUGUGUUCGAAACAUGCAGUCUUCGAGCGCUUAUAAUAACUGAAUCAAUGACACGCCUUGCCACCAUUUUACCGGGGCAACUUCACGCAGUGCCAUUAAGGAGCAGGGAAACAAACCGUUAAUGCUUCAAAACAAACCAUAAGAGCUGUUUCAUGACUUCAGUAGUAAAGGAUCAACACUGGUUGAAAACAAGCAAUGUCAGAGGCUCCAGCCAACUUUCCGACAAACGGGACUUGCCUCGCCAGAGAAACAACGAGAAAAAUUUACGAAGACAAGUUUACUUGCCGACACGUGGAUUUCAGCCUGUCACAUCUCUCGCUCGGACACUACAGGCGGCGUCCAAAUCCACGCCCCACUGAUGGUUGGCUCUGAGUAACAGAAACAGAUCACGAAGGCUUCGCUUUCGGUAACUGCAUUCGCUGGAAGCGAUUAGGCAAUGGUAGACACGUCAUAGACGCCAUGUUUUAGACAUCACAAAUUGUGAACUUCAGGCCUCCCUCUUUCUGUGAACCUCUAUCUUGUACAACCGGAAACAAGGAGGUUAGGCAGGAAUCAAUUCAGAUCUAAAAUCAAUUUUAGCUUAUGCUUGUUCUUCAGCGAGGUGGUAUAACAUUGCGUUCACGAUGAAAGAAAACAGGAUUAGUUAUUCCUAAACAUAGUAUCGUAUUAGGGCCAGGUAUGACAUUGACUGUACAGAAAAUUUUAUCAAGUUUUACCCAUAAGCGAUAGUGAAACCCCCAAAUUUAUCCCAGCCUCAAAAUAUAGAAGAAGUGACUUACGUGGCCUUGUUUCACAGCAUCCCUGCUGGGUGAAAAUUAACGAGCAUGCCAUGUCAAAGAAAACCCAUCUCACGGGCGCCAGGCAUAAAGCUGUUUACGUGCUGCUUGAAAUACUGCUGACUAAUUGACGAGAUGACAUAAGCAGCUGCCUCACGCGCUAAUGAAAUGCCGCGUACUCAGUUUCAUAGGCUCCGGAAGCUCAGUUUAAAUUUAGCAGCCGUCAGCAUGCAGCUAUGUCAACUCGGAAGACUAUUACCGACCGCGUUUAUGCAACUCAGUACAAAAAUAAAUCAGGCAGGCAGUUAACGCUUGAUGUUAAACACUUGAGCGUCGUUCCUGUCGGUGAAGGCAGUUCACAGUAAUCACACAAGUGUGGCUCCUGUCGGCGAGGCAUCAAAUUGCUAUUGUAAAAGAGCGAUGAACAUCGCUGCACUGUCAGCUACACAAGGUAGCCUUCUAAGUCAUCGUUAUGUUUUCACGGGCUUUCAACCGUCUAACGGAGCUUCUCGAGAUAUCUAAAGCGACAGUGUGCCGGCCACUCAUGAUCAUGUCGAACUAGGCUUGUCAACCUGAAAUUUUUGUCAUAAAAUGGAGAAAACAAAAGAACAAAACGAAACACAUGUAGUUAAACAAAGUGCUUAUUUUUUAAAGUUGGUGCGUACUCUGGAAAUUAAAUUCAGUGCCUACAGACGGGACAAGAGGCAAACGACACAUACGAACGCUGCACCCCUAUGUGUCAUCUGCCUUUUGUGUCGUCUAUAGGUGCUGUCUUCUGUAACUGAAAACGCAAAAGUAAUAGAAGGACCUCUGGGAAAUGUUUUUCUAAAAGCGUCUGACAGUGUUUUCUUUCUUUUUUUUGCGCAUGCCGUUUGCGCGUAUUCACAUAAGGUAUAUAAUUGUGAUAGCCAGUGUUGACUUUAGGAUGAGAAUGAUUUGAGCACGAUCAUAACAGAUAUUCCAUUAUAAGCUGGCAGCCGCUGAAGCACGAAAUGUGGAGACUUGGAACACUCGUGUCUUGAUUUAAACUCGAUGAACAAGAAGUAUUUGGAGAAGUAAGGUACUUGAAAGGCUAAUCAACCCACAGGAUGUAGCACGCAGCCCCAGUAACCAACUACGCACAAAAUGCCGCCAAGGCACCGAAGACACAUUAGGACGCAUGUGUUAAUAGCGUGGAUUUGACUGUCAUUGCCCAAAACUAAUCGGAGAUGCCUUAGAAAUGCCUACAUACCACAAGAUCUUUAUUUAGAUUGAUAAUGACGAUGCUCAAACAUGUGUCGUUGGCCUUACAUACGCGAAGGUUAUAACGUAGUUGUUUGAUUGAUGAAAAACAAGGUGAACUUUAUUGAAGCUCAGCCGUUUAAUCCCACAGCUUCUCACGAGGCAGCAAUGAUGAGAGCACUCAUUUCUCCUGGGUCUUGCGCACAUGCCUCUUCCAGCAUUUGGGCUGCAGGAUAUUGCGUUAGCUCAAGGAAGCGUGAGCAACGUAUAACAAGCACAGGGAACCUAACUACAUCAGGUUCCGAUUGGAUAUCCCAUGUUGAAAUGAAAAGUGGGAUUAAUGGCGGUGAAUUGAACACAAAGGGCUGAAAAAGAAAGGAAACACGAGAAGCUUUCGAAAAUCGCCACGUCUCUUUUUGGUCACGGCCAUAAACAGGAACCAGACAAAAAAAAAAGAACGUUCGUUUAUAACAGAUCCACGUGCCGUGAACGAAGGUCCGCAAAGUGCGCUUGUGUCAACAGGAUCUCCGCCGAGCGAUACCGCGCACGAAAGCGACCCGCCGUCACACAGAAGCCAAAGACAAAACAAGCGAAACGCAAAAUUCAUUGUGGAGAAGUACCAGCGACGAGCAGAACGAAAAACCGGGCACGGACCGGCGAUUUUUUUGUAAACACCCAUUCGACAAAAGCCGACACACUUUUCACCGCAUGGAACGCCAGCGGCGGGACGGGCAUUCAUCCUUUCACGUCCUUCGUGUCACCGCAUAGCGAACAACAGAGCGAGUGCUCUUGAACACGUGUCUAUUGAAAUAUUACUCUCAUGGCUCCCGUUAAUAUUUUAUCUUUGCCAUUUAUCGUCUAAUGAUGCCCACGCGGCAUUCAAGAAAGAAAGCGAGCGGCUACCACAAAAGAAAGAGAGAAACUGCUCCUCUAUCGAGGGUUACGCGGGAUCGUAAUUGAAAUCUAAAGUGGCGCAUUUGUGGUCGCAUGUUUGCCGAGAAAGGCUCGUUUACGCCCCAAAAAAAGCGAUAUCCGCGUGGAUGAUGCCCACUGUUUACGCGUUAAUGUCAUCACCUUCUCGUGACGCUUCUUAUUUUCAUUGUGAAGAUAAACAGUGCUCGUUAUAGCGUAGCUUUACAACGCACAACCAGGGGAGACGGCUCCACUGCGCCAGCUUACAUUGCCUGUAAACAAGUGUUGUCGAACGUGAAGCCUCUUCAGUCGAGUGCAUAAGACCACAAGAGGAAUAUGUUCACUCAACUUUCAAUUUUCCGAUCGCUUGUUCUCAGCCUUUUGCUUGAAGCAAGCUAUGAAACAAAGAUUGAAACAUUCAACGAAAGAACGCCAAAACGAAAAUAAUUUUCUCGAAGUGAAGUCUUGCAGCUUCCGUGUGUGAAUGGAUUCUGCAUUCUUCUGUAGAUGUUAGACCACUCACUGUAUCCUUCAACACUAAUAAAGGAGUCACUGUCAUUGUCGAACAUACGAAAAAUAUCACUGUGCGCUUCCUGAAAAAAAAAGAA